AAUUUAUUGCCUCGAGACCAAAGUCAAAAAUUAGUCAAAAAAGCACUCGCAGCAGACUCCGCAUUUGUAUCGCCAAAACCACUGUGUCAACCUCGACGAUGACGACAGUUCCCGCUAAAUGUCUUCAAAUCUCGUCCUCCAUAACGUAUUCAUACUACUUUGCCAAGGCUACAAAUAUUGCACUCCCAACUCUUCUCUUCUUGCACGGAUUUCCGUCAACUGCCAUCGACUUCCGCCAGCAGCUAGAGCAUUUCGCUUCCCAGGGCUAUGGCGUCCUCGCACCUGACCUCCUUGGCUACGGCGGAACCUCCAAGCCAAAAGAUGCACGAGAAUACACGUGGCGCGCAAUGAGCGUGCAUAUCAAAGCCAUUUUGGAUGCGGAGGAAAUCGACAUGGUGGUAGGCGUAGGCCACGAUCUAGGCUCAUGGUUCCUAAGCAGGCUGUACCACUUUUACCCGUCCCAGUUUAGCGGGUUGGUUUUCCUAGACGUCGGCUACUCUGUGCCGGGAGAGAAGUUUGAUUUCGAGAUGAUCAAUCGUAUGACGAAGGAGAUGACGGGUGAAGAGCGAUUUCGAUACUGGGAUCUUUUCACGGAUGACGAGGGUGUGGAACUCAUGGAUCGGAAUGUCGAAUCCAUGAUAUCUCUCAUGCAUGCUUCACCCGAAGUCAUGGCUGCCAAUCUUGGACCACCAGGCAAGGCUAGAGACUGGGUUUCUUCUGGAAGGAUUGCACCAGCACAUUUGUUUGGCGAGGACGACGCUCAAGAAAGCAGCUACUUGCGGGAAAAGGUUGCCACAUUCAAGGAAGGGGGGUGGAAAGGCCCGACAAACUGGUACAAGGCGCUACGAGACAACUUGUCAUUUGAAGAUGAGAAGUACAUGACCAAGGAACUUGAAGUGCCGGUGUUGCUAGUUAGCUGUGGACGAGACGAAAUGACGGUAGCCUCAUUUCAGGAUCAGAUGACGAGACCAUGGGCAAAGGCCGGAUAUGACUUUGAGCUGCUAGAAACAGGACACUGGGUUAUGCUUGAGGAUGUUGAAAGUGUUACGCGUUUGUUGCAAGGCUUUAUCGGCCGUUUUGAGUGAGCAGAUCUGUAGUUAGUUGUGGAUUUGACUCAUUUGAGCCCUCAAACCGGACUCGUUUUAUCUUUUCUGACGUGAAUUCUGUUUACUAUAUGAC